CGGAGUACGUUUUUUAUACCAUAUUUGUAUGAUUUGCAUUCAUGCAAACUUUUUUAAUUUUUGAUUAUCUAUUUAAAUUGGACGAAUUUGAUGAUUAAUUACAUUUAAAUUAAAAACUCAAAAAAAAAGAAAUAUUGCCUUUCAAAUAUUGAGUAGAUUCGGCAACAUAGUGAAACCAAUGUAAUUAGAAUAAUAAUGAUUUGAGUAAAGUUAAAUAUGGAGUAACGUUUUUUUCUUUCAGAAAAUUGAACCGGUUCAACUGAUCGUCUAAAAUGAGUGACCAAUGCGCGCCGGCUGCCAUCCUUCCGGCUAAAAGAAGGCGUGGCCGGCCACGAAAAGACGGCGGAGUACCUAAAAGAGGCAACUGUCUUUCUCCGCCACCACCAGCUCCGGCGCCCAAAGCUUCACAAUUUCCUCUCGAGACGAACCGGUCCGACACUAGUGCUCUCCAAAGCAUGGUCGGCAAAUCGGUUUCCGGCGUAAUCGACGGUUGUUUCGAGGCCGGUUAUUUCCUGACAAUAAGGGUGGACAACAGCGACACGUUGCUCCGCGGUCUGGUUUUCCUACCCGGGCGGUUCACUCCGGUUUCAGCCUCAAACGACGUCGCUCCGCAAGCCAAGAUGUAUCACAGAAAAGACAUCCCCGUCCCGGGCCCCACCGCCACCAAUAACCCACCUCUAGUUCAAAAUGAAACGGAUCAACCGCCUCCGCCGCCGGUGUCGGAGGCGGUGACCGUUCCUCACCCUAGGCCGUUUUCCUCUGAAAUGACUGAAACACCCUUCUCUCCGCCGAACAUCACCACUGUACACCAGGGUCAAGAUCAGAGGUUUCAGAUCCAAACCCAAACCGACCAAAGACCGGAGAUUCUCCGGACGGUCGAACACGAUGACGUCAUGCAGGUAUUUGAGCUCUCCCCGCCGUCCAAAUCACAGCAAUUGCCGGAGAACGACGGCGAAGAUGAUACAUUAUUGCCUGAUCAAUCUACGGGUCCUGGGGAUUCGGAACUGACCCGGAAACCGACGGGCGACCCGGGAAGCCAAAUUGAUUCGAAUCAAGCGCUCAAAUCUGAUUCUGGGCAAUCCGAAGCUCCUCCUGCAGUUGAAGAACCUCAAUCUGCAGAGCACAUCAAGCAGAGUGAUGAGAAAGAGACGACCCAGAAACCAGAGGAGUUAAUUGAUUCUGGGAUUGGUCAAAAUGGGAUGCCGGAUUUGAUGAGUGAUCAUAGAAGUGGAGAGGGGAGAAUGGAUACCCAUGGGUUGUUCGGUAAUCCGGUGGUCGGGGGUUCCCCUGAGUUUGGGUUUGGUAUCGGUGACUUGGUUCAUCCACCGCACGCCGGCAAUCCAAACGGCGUCGGAUCUCCUCCGGCAACUCUCAAUGAUUGAUAAACCCAAAAUCUGGCGCAACCAUACAUGGAGGAGUAUAUGCAUGGUUUUUUAAUUCAAAAAAUAAAAAUGUUAUCCCCACAUCACACCAAGUUGCACAAUCACUUAUACACCACCUCUCUGCCACAUGUAUUUUUUUGCCAAUAAAAAGCGUGUUACCAU